CCGAGCCUUCCGAGGGCUCAGCUCUUUGGGGCUGCCAAUUUCUCUGAUUGGGAAAAGAACGCGCGCCCAGCGUCGGGCGAAGAAAAGAAGAAAAACUUGUCGGAGGGGUUUCACCAGCUCACUGUAACCCCCUUCCCGCAAACCCAAACCUCCGGCGGGGCCAUCCCAAGACUGGGGGAAAGUUCCUUCAGAGCCGUCAGUCCCCAAGAUUUGGAGGCGGCAUCGGCGCUUGCUGUGGAAUUGUAUCUGUUUUGAACCCAGUGGAGCGCGUCGUAGGGGCUUGGAAGUCACCUUCUGCGGCCACUGGGGGUGGCGCUGCCUGUGUAGAACCGAGAAUUUGGGAGCUGGGGCUGCAAGUGGGCUUUUCUUCACUCAGUUGUUCUGUGCCUGAGGUGAAGGCUGCAAGACUGGCAAGUUGAGAAGAGAAACCCGGAGGUCCAAAGAGGACUGCGCUCCCCAUCCUACUCCCUUCUUCCUCUUCCCUGCCUCUGGGUGUGAGAUCCCAGUGAAAUUACAAAGGCCUCCCAGUCCCGCCGAGACUGGUUGGCAGCUAUCAGCCCCGUCUCUCCUUUCCCACCAGGAGCCUGAGAGCACCGGGCGCCCGGAAAAGACUGCCGCGUUAGGGAAGGGAGGUCUCGGUGGAAGCAUGGCGAGGUUACCUAGGGCCGACCUGGCCGCUGCAGGAGUUGUGUUACUUUGCCACUUUUUAACGGACCGGUUUCAGUUCGCCAAAGGGGAGACCCGAGACCAAAUCAAUGAUUGGCAAUAUGAAGUUCCUCAGGCCUUCCCUCAAACAGAGGAUGAGGUGGAAGUGUACUCACACGCCUACAGCCACAGGUGGAAAAGAAACUUAGAUUCUCCCAAGGUGGUAGACACAAACCGAGCAAGCUUGGGUCAAGACUCCGCAGAGCCCAGAGGCUUCACAGACCUACUGCUGGACGAUGGGCAGGACAACACCACCCAGAUUGAGGAGGACACAGAUCACAAUUACUACAUAUCUCGGAUAUAUGGUCCAUCUGAUUCUGCCAGCCGGGAUUUGUGGGUGAACAUAGACCAAAUGGAAAAAGACAAAGUGAAGAUUCAUGGUAUAUUGUCUAAUACUCAUCGGCAAGCUGCGAGAGUGAAUCUGUCCUUCGAUUUUCCAUUUUAUGGCCAUUCCCUGCGUGAAAUCACUGUGGCAACUGGGGGUUUUAUAUAUACUGGAGAAGUUGUACAUCGAAUGCUAACAGCCACGCAGUACAUAGCACCUCUAAUGGCAAAUUUUGAUCCCAGUGUGUCCAGAAAUUCAACAGUCAGAUAUUUUGAUAAUGGCACAGCACUUGUUGUCCAGUGGGACCAUGUACAUCUCCAGGAUAAUUACAACCUGGGAAGCUUCACAUUCCAGGCAACCCUCCUCACUGAUGGACGUAUCAUCUUUGGCUACAAAGAAAUUCCUGUCUUGGUCACACAGAUAAGUUCCACCAAUCAUCCAGUGAAAGUGGGGCUGUCUGAUGCAUUUGUCGUUGUCCACAGGAUCCAGCAAAUUCCCAAUGUUCGAAGAAGAACAAUUUAUGAGUACCAUCGAGUAGAGCUACAAAUGUCAAAAAUUACCAACAUUUCAGCUGUGGAGAUGACUCCAUUACCUACAUGUCUCCAGUUUAAUGAGUGUGGCCCCUGUGUAUCCUCUCAGAUUGGCUUCAACUGCAGUUGGUGUAGUAAACUUCAAAGAUGUUCCAGUGGAUUUGAUCGCCAUCGGCAGGACUGGGUAGACAGUGGAUGCCCUGAAGAGUCAAAAGAGAAGAUGUGUGAAGACACAGAGCCAGUGGAAACUUCUCCUCAAACCACCACAACUCUCAAACCAACAACUACACACUUCAGGGUCUUAACCACCACUAGAAGGUCAGCAACAUCACAGCUGCCGACCAGCCUGCCCACAGAAGAUGAUACCAAGAUUGCACUACAUCUAAAAGAUAAUGGAGCUUCCACAGAUGACAGUGCAGCUGAGAAGAAAGGGGGAACCCUUCAUGCUGGCCUCAUCGUUGGAAUUCUCAUCCUGGUCCUCAUUAUAGCAGCAGCUAUUCUUGUGACAGUCUAUAUGUAUCACCAUCCAACUUCAGCAGCCAGCAUCUUCUUUAUUGAGAGACGCCCUAGCAGAUGGCCUGCAAUGAAGUUUAGAAGAGGUUCUGGACAUCCUGCAUAUGCUGAAGUAGAACCAGUUGGAGAGAAAGAAGGUUUUAUUGUCUCAGAGCAGUGCUAAAACUUCUAGGACAGAGCAGCACCAGUACUGGCUUACAGGUGUUAAGACUAAAGUUUUGCCUAUACCUUUAAGACAAACACACACAAAGGAGUCCUAAGCUGCUGUAGCCUGAAGGAGACAAUAUCUCUGGACAAGCCCAGCCCAGGAAGGGUAAAGGAAAAAAAAAAAAAAAAAUUCAAACUUACACAAGAUGUCACAUUACCACUGAACUUAGAAUUCCUUAGCAGAAUGGCAUUUUAUAGUUCACUCAGAACAUCUCCUGUGGACUUAUCAGAAGUAUGACAAGAUUACAAUACUGUUGGCUUAGAUGCAGGAUUGCAUAGGGAUGGAGAAAAUAAUAAUAAAGCUUUAGUUCUCCAGAGAUCUACAGUUCUUCUCUGAUGUCUCAAAGAUAACCAUUCCAAAGUGUUAAUUCUUUUACUCAAAAGAUGAAUGUUUCAUGAUUGCUGAGAAAAUUAGUUCAUGCAGGAACAAAAACAAACACAAAAUAGGAGAUUUUCUAUAUUUUCAAAA